AUGCCGCCGCGCGAGGCCCCCUGGCGCAGCGAUCCAAAUGGAGUCUCCCACCUCGGCCCAGACGGAGUACUACGCUCACUAAACGCCGACCACACCGCCGUACUGGACUUCCGUCGCCUGUCGCCCGAGGAACUCAAGGAGUUGGCGGCGCCUAUGGGCCAGGCAACUCUUGAUGCGUUGGUUGGUGUCGAUGGCCGCGAUGUUAUUGAUGAAGCACAGUUGUGGGCUGUUCCCGCACAAGAAAAGUGGUUGAGUAACACGACUGCCAGAUAG